CUCCAAAUUCUCCUCCUCUGUCAUCCGAGCAACCCUAGAUCUCAAAAUCUUUCCUCCAAUAACUCCUCUGUCAUCCGAGCAACCCUAGAUCUCAAUUUUUUUCAGUUCUCCAUCUCUUCCUUAAAUCAUGCCGAGGAGGAAGACCUUAGUUCGCAAGAGCAGUAAGAAAGGGACCAGAUCAGAGUCAAUUCCUUCCUUCUCUCCUCAUCAGGUGUCUCCAGACUCUCCAGAGCUUUUUGAGGAAGUUUCGAUGGAAACUAUUAAAGGUAUCUAUCUCAGGGACCCAAAAUUUGUUGAAGCUUUUACCAAAAUUUAUGCCAAGAAGAAAAUUUUAUCUGGACACUGUAUUUCUAAUGUCAUUCUGAAUGAUCAAAGCCUUAGGAUUAAGAGAUGGUUAGAGGGUAUGGGUUGGUUAGAAUUUGCUACCCUAAAUUGCAGAUCUUAUCCUAGGUUAGUUAGGGAGUUCUAAACGAACUAUAGAUAUUCUGAUACAUCUGAUUCUACCUCUUAUGUUCGAGGGAAACAAGUGGUUUUUGAUGCUGCUCAUAUCAAUGAUGAAAUCAGCAUGAGUUUUGACAAGUCCAAAAUGCCUGCAACUAAGGAAAUUGUGUUUGGAAACUCUGUCAGUCCUAUUGAAAAAAUUCAUCCUACUGAAAAAAUUCAUCUACUUUAGCUACCCAAGAGACCCAAGAGGGGGGGUGAAUUGGGUCUUAUCAAUUUACACUUAAAAACUUGUUUCUUUUUAGUGCAGUUUCAGUAGAUUUCUUCAGAUUGUUCCUUGGAAAGAUCAAUUCCCCAUUUUUCAAAGAAGUUGGUAAGAAGGUGACCAUAAGGCAAAUAUUCUUCACUGGAAUUCAUUGCCUUUCUCUCAUGUGGCUAAUAAUUAUUGCCCCUAAGUUAACUUUAUUGCCUUUCAUAAUUAGUCCCAUGACAUAGAGAUUUUCUUUUGUAAAACGACCAUGUGAACCUUGUCAAGGACAGAGAAUUUUUGUCACAAACCACAACAAUAGCCUGGUGUCAGCACUAAAGUGAUGAAGAUGAAUUUUUUCAGUAGGACUAACGGAGUUUCCAAACACAAUUUUCCUAGUUGCAGGCAUUUUGGACUUGUCAAAACUCAUGCUGAUUUCAUCAUGUGGAAGAUUAAAUAAUUUAUUGAUAU